AUGGCUGGCGGAGCGCAACGGAGAUUUUUCUCGCAGAUAGUGCGGCUCUUGAAGAGCAAGAGCAAGAGUAAUCACAAAGUUCUGGUGGACGAUGCUCAGUUGAAGGAGACUUUGAAGUAUAUUAUCGAGGAUAAGCGGGUGCUGCCUGGCGGUUUACGCAGUUUGCUACCUGGAUCUCUCGAAGGGACUGAUGAGGACGUGCAGAAGCACUCUGAAAGGUUAGCAAGUCUUUUGAACGCUACGCUACCCACAGUUUCGGAUAAGAAGAGGCAAGUAGAGAGUCACUAUGACCUUUUAUUUGGACAGCUGAAGAAUAUGGUUGAGGAAUCAUUACACGAUACGGGCAAGAGUAGCCAUAAUAGAACGCUAAGUGCACACAAUCAAAUGAACAAAUCUGAGACACUCUUCAAUCGACUUAUACUUUUGCUUCUUACAGGUGGCGACACGGUCAGUACAAAAUCUAUAGCUGAAUUAAUUUUGUCACCUGAUUUCAAAGAGUAUAGUAAAGUAUGGGAUAACAUAAAGCUUUUCCCCGAAAGCAAACGACUAGACAUAUCAAUACUACUUUAUUACUCGUCUAAGAACAAGAAUAUCAUGGACGCAUACGAAGAAGAAUGGAUUUCCAGGUAUCAUGACUUAAACGUUAUAACACAAAGGUUAUUCUGGAGAUUUAUGGAUCCGUUGGGUAAGGUCUCAGAAUGCUGCGAAAGGAUUCGUUACUGGCAACCUAGAGAUACCAUCGUAAUGUAUCAAUCGCUCUAUUCAACAGCCCAUUUUCUGCCGACAGAAUUUCAUUAUGUGGAUAAUCUACAGUUAAGCAACAAUCAAAUAUUCUUCAUUAAGGCACUUAGAUUCUUAGCACAAUACAGACAAAGAUCAUUACUACAGGUACCUCGUGAGCCUGUUAACGCAACAACUAAACAAACUAAAACAGCCAAAAAUUGGGCUUCUGAUAUUGUUAAGCUAAGUAUACAAAAUAAACUAAGUUUAGAUAAGAGAUUGAAAGAUGAUAGCGAAAUGGUUCCGGUGUACAGUUAUAGAUUUUUGCGAGCUUUGGAUGUCAACUUGCAAGAGAUAUGCGGAUUGGAUUCUUUAAAUGACGAAAAUCUUGCUCACCUACAAGCGGAUCUCAAUACGCUAUUGACUUCAUUGCACGAAGAGGAACAAACACUAAAGUCUCAUAUGUCCUUAUUUUUUGUAUGA